AUGGACUGCAUCAACAAGAUUGAAAUAAGGCUAGCGGAGAUGAGAUCCAGUGCUCAAGAAUUUGAAAAGGUAGUACAAAGUUUAACAGAGAACUGAGAACGCCAAUGACUAGUAAAAUAUGUGUAUAAUCAGUAUAAAUAUUACCAAUAUCUAGUCAUUUCAGUGUAUUUAUUAUAGCUACAUAUACGUUUUAUUUUCCAGCUCAUUAGGAAAGUUGAAGAUUUGAAAAUACAAAUUGAUGUGACAAAUGAAAGCAGACCAAGAAAGGCACCAAAAAGACUCGAAGACUUUAUCGCUCAUGAUGUGGCACCCAGUGGACACGAUUCCAAUGAUCUUAAAACGGAACUCAAACGUGUAUAUAUAUGUGCGAUUGACAGCAUCGUGAGUUCGAUGAAGGAAAGGUUUGAUCAAAAUGACAUUAAAACAGUCAAAGAUAUCAACCGAAUGCUAAUCGCAUGUGCUAACAACGAGGUCGAUGUCACCACUGAAUAUGUCAUUAAGCACCUUGGCGUCGCUGCGAAAUUCGUGCAAGUAGAACUUUUGAUUGACGAAUUGAAAGACCUACAUGUCCACGUCAAUUUGUACAACAUGGAACUUAAACUGGAAUCUAUGCCUGUAAUUAAAAAGGUUACUGCUGUAUCAACUAUCCAAGGCGUGUUGAAUACAAAGCCUGUCUCGAAAGCUUCACUUCCUGAGACGCAUAAGCUGUUAAUUCUCUUGUCCACAUAUGCGAUGUCAUCUGCAACUGCGGAAAGGACAUUCAGUGUCAUGAGACGUGUCAAGACCUGGUUCAGAUCACGGAUGUGUCCAGGGAUGCUCACAAAUUGCAUGUUUGCAGCAAUUCACAAGCAAAGAAUUGACGACGUUAACGCAAAGAAGUUAACAGCAGACUUUAUUUCAAGGUCUUCUCAAAGGAAAGAUUACUUUGGACAACCACAUUAA